CCUUUUGCUGGAAAUAGAAAGAUUACACAACAGGUCCAUGUCAGGUAACAGCAGCUCCACAUUGACAGAUGAACAGCAGCGAGUGGAGAGGGAGAAACUGGAAGCUAGGCAGGCCAUACUGGAGGCACACAACAAACAGAUGGAGAAACAGCUGACCAGGUUAAGAGCACUGAUAGAGAAGGAGUCCACAGCCCAGAGACAGCCACCUGUUUCUACCUCUCCUAGUAGCCCAACCCAGCCUAAGUCAGCAGUGCCUGCAAACCCACAGUCCCAGAGGAACAUCCCUAGUUUUAACAUCCAGUCCCCUGAGCCCAGUUAUGACCAGUUAGUGGAAAGACUGACCAUACUGGCAGGGUCCCAGGGGAAACCUAUCCAUGUGCCACGAUUUGAGGGCCCUGUGGUGAGAACCUCCCAGGUACCACCUCCACAGUAUACCCCACAGGGAGGAGGGAGGAACAUGGCACAGCCAAGAGGAUUUGGCCCAGAGCAGGAGCAAAAUGUUCCCCCACAGAGAGACAGGUUUUCUGGUUUGACACUCCCGCAGCGACAGACUGGUGCUCCACUUAGAGAAGUCAGUCAGAACACCAUGCAGAAUGUCAGGACGCCCAGCAUGUUGCCUAGCAACAACCACGACCUUGGCUUGACCCCAUGGACACCAGGCAGAGAUUUUACAUUUGGAGACGACACUAGGCUGAGUCCGUCCUAUUUGUCCCUGCCAUCAGCUUCCAAGUCUCGCAACUUCCCAGAAGAGGAGGAGGAGCUGGAGGAUAUUAUAAAGAGAUUGGAGAGGGAAUAUCCAGCUGAUAUGUCUUUCUCAUUGGUGAACAGGUCCCAAGGGAUCAAUGAUGAUAUGCUGGCCGCAGCCAACAAGGUGGGCAGCACAAUGACAGACUUUGUUGGGCAAUGGGAAGAGGAAGACUGUUAGACAGAGUAUAAUAUGCACUUCAUAUGACUCUUAAGCCUACCCUAAGGUUCAGUAGUCACUGGAGACUCGCCACUAUUAUCAGCAUGCGUCUGCUAUUACCAGUAUGUCAGAGGCAGCAUCCAUUGAUCUCUGAACUGCAGGGUGGUUCAGCCAGACUGUUGACAGAAAGUCAGAAGACCAUGUACAGUCACAGGUCUUCCUGUAGAAGUUUACAUGCCUACUUGUGCCUUUACUUGCUGUUCUUAUAUCAUUUUCUUUUCGCAUCAUCUUCAAUUUUCCCGUCCAUUUGAAUGUGCUUAAAGUACCUUUGAUCAGUAACGUGGCAAAUUAUGUAGACUAUUCUUUAUUAUUAUUUUUUUUACUUAAUUGGUAAAACAAGGUUCUAAGCAAUAUAACCCACAGGCUUCAUUAUCAUUAUUUAACAUGUACACGUACAUUGGACAUGUACAGGUAUCUUUGUAUUUCAGCACCUAAGCAACAUAUUUUCAGUAUUUUUCUACAAAUUGAGAUUGACAAUAUAAUGGCAAAGGACAACUUUAAUGAAUGAGCACUUAUUUGAAAGAAGUGGUGCUUCUCAAAUGUCAUGAUAUUGUAGUGUAUGUAUAUAAGUAUGAAUAUAAGAUCUGCUUUUUGUUUGUAUGCAAGUUUCUUUGCUUUUGGGGGGCUUGUUAUUCAGGGCAUUAACUUUUUUACAUUGUGUGUGUAUGCAUAAAAAGCUUACAAUUCUUUUUAGUAUAUUUUGUAUUAUGGAGAUCUUUAUUUGUAAAAAAUAAAAAAUACCUUUUUUUAAGUAGAACAAAGUAGUCUUUUUAGGCAUAUUUUUGUACUUAUGUAAUUUUUUUUUUUAAUGUACUUGUGCAACCUUGCUGCAACUUUUUGAGCAAAACUUACAACUACUUAUGAGGUAAUGUUAAUAUUGUCUAGUGAAGAUUUAUCUGCUAAUUGAACAUCACUGAAGUGAAAGUCUAAACUGUCCAGUUUUUGCAGAAAGUGUUAAUCUGAUUCAGAGGUUAUUACCAUUCCCUAUGGUUUCAUUAAAAAGUAGCCAGUCAUUUUGUUUUUACUCUGAAUAUCUGAAUAUAUAUAUAUAUUCUCAUAACUUAUUUACUCAGCAGCUUGUUUAAAAGGAGAGAAGAUGCAGCCACUGCGUGGAUGUUUGAAAAUCAAGUCCUGGUUCAGGUCCUUGAGUAUAUAACAGCUGCAGUAAGAAUUGUUCUUUUGAAGAAUAUGCACCUUUUCAUAAUGCGAAAAGGAAUGUGAGCAAAGCCACUGGAUUUUAUAUAAAAUCUUUAGUAAUGGUGGAAUGCCAGUGGAUGUAUUGGGAUGUGUAAGACUUCAUAUUUCUUUUGAAUAGUAUUUAAUUAUCUGUUCCUGCUGCAAAGGGUGUCUCUUGAAUUGGGAAACAUGAAAAAUUACACUUUUUGUAGCCAAAUAUUUUACAUCCCACAGAAACUGUGCACCAAACUUUGCAUCAUAAAUGGUGGAAAUGGCACACAAGAUGCCAUUCAUUUAUAGUUCAGUGGAGUAGCAUUUAAUUAAAGAUAUCAGUUUGCCUUUGCACCAAGAAUAGGGACACCCAGUAGUUUUAGGUACCAGGUUAAUGUAGUGCAAUCAUGUCGGCUGAACAAACUAGUACACGUGUAUGUGAGCAUGUUAGUUAUUACAGUUAUACUUAAUUAGUCAAGCUGAUAAUCAAAAGCUCUUCUAAAAAAAGAUGGCAAUAA